AUGGCGGACAUAUCAGGCUCCGAUGCUUCAGAUGCAGAAGCACCAGUAGCCACUGUGACUUCGAACGAAAAAGGAACCCCUGCAGAAACAGGGAAGCGGAAUGCGUUUACAGAGCUCAUGUCCUCAAAGACCAAACAACCAAAACAGACAGAACCUACAAAGCAAAAUAAAUCUCAAAAGCUAGGAUCAAAAUUCAAGAUACGCGAUGGGCUCGGCGUCUACAUUGAGCGCCCAGAGACUUUCUCGUCGUCAGUUGUAAUCUACUUCAACGACGACUUUGUCGCAAUCAAUGAUUUAUACCCCAAGUCUUCUCUUCAUCUACUACUACUACCCCGCGACCCAUCAAAAUUCUUUCAACAUCCUUUCGACGCCUUUGAAGAUCACCGUUUCCUUCAAAAGGUGCGCGCCGAGGCCAAAAAGCUUCGCACCUUGGCCGCCGGCGAAUUACGACGGCGAUAUGGCAAAUACUCCUCCCAGGAGACAGCUCGGCGAGAAGCAAUGGAACAAGACCCGCCAGCAGAUGAUCUGCCACCGGGGAGAGACUGGGAGAAAGAGCUUAUGGUGGGCAUUCAUGCCGCACCGUCCAUGAACCACCUGCACAUUCAUGUCUUGUCUGUGGAUCGGUACAGUGACCGGCUCAAACACCGCAAACACUACAAUAGUUUUGCAACCCCUUUCUUCGUCGAUAUCGACGAUUUCCCGCUGGCACAGGACGACCCACGGCGUCACCCGGGACAUUACUUGAAACGGGACUUCAUAUGUUGGCGGUGCUCCCGGAACUUUGGAAACAGGUUUCAGGAGCUCAAGGAUCACCUAGAAGAAGAGUACGAACAAUGGAAAAAGUUGUAG